AUGAAGGUCACCAAGGAUAUAGUUAUAAUUAGUGGACUAGAACGAUUUGGUGAAAGUCACACUGUUCGACUAAAAGAUGCUGAUCCAAAUAAGCUUCAGCUUUUUAUUGACAAGAUGCCAGCCACUAUCAAAGGUAAGAGUGUGACAUAUGGUUUUUAGUAAAAAGAGAAAUAAGGUUAAACUUACUGUAUGUAAGUAGGUUUAGAAACAGGUAGCUCAAGAAGCUUAUGACGAGAGUAGUUAGUUGAGAAGCAUACGGUUAAACCCGUACAUUGUAAGGAUAGCUGGGCUUAAAUACCGUAAAAUUCCGAAAAUAAGCCCCUCCAUGUAUAAGCCCCUCCAAAUAUAAGCCCCCCAAACCGGUAACGCAAAAAACCCUCCGUUAAAUCGCCCGUCCAAAUAUAAGCCGCCCGGGGGCUUGUACUUGGAAAAUUGACCUCAAAUACAAAUUGAAACAAAGCAAAAACGGUAAUUUUACUUCCAACUAUAAGGCUAGCCCAAUCGAUUUUGAAACGCCAAUUUCCCUCCGUAGAUAAGCCCCUCUGAAUAUAAGCCCCUCCAAAAAUAAGCCCCUCAAAAAGGGCCUUUGAAAAAUAUAAGCCCCGGGGCUUAUUUUCGGAAUUUUACGGUAUUUAAAAUUGAAUUGAUGAGUAAAAUAUCCAGACUUAAUUUCCUAAACAUUAACGCUUAUGAAUUUGGUGAACCCGCAAGAGGGGUAGACUACUAGAACACAAUUAUCUACUAGAAAGCAGCAACGCUUGUAGGACACGAUAUCGGCCUGGCCCCAAAUCUAGGAGUCAACAAAUCAGAUUAUAUUUAAGACUAAAUGAAAGCUUAGAGUAAACCAUUAGUCUGUAAUUCAGAUAUCAACUGAAGCGAUGUUUUUCCUCGCCUCAUUCUUCCCUUCUCGAACGCUGGUUUUUCUGCCGUUAAAAUUUCUCCUGUGAUCCUGACUCGUUCUCAGUCCUUUCUUAUCAUUUGUAAGCGGUGUAGGGUUUGAGAGAAAUGUUCUGCUUCAACGCAGGAUAGGAUAUAGAUUUACAAGUCGUUUUUUCAAUCAGUGUUAAAAGGACAUAAUUCUGUAACACGUUUUUUCUUAGACACUUUUCGGUGGUGAUUCUUAUUAGCGGAUGAAGUGUGUAAAUGGUAUAUUUCGGGUAAAAAAAUCACAAUUGGCAACUUGACUUGUGAGAAAGCUUAUAUGUUUUACGAGACUUCUUUUUUUAAGUAGUUAAAGAAUGUAGUUGCUUCUUUUUACAUUGUCACAUAUCCCUUUAGUUUUUACAAUUUGAGUUCAAAACUUGUUACAGUUCGCGUCAGAAAGUUAUUGCAUUUUAAGUUAAAGUUGUUACAUAACGAUUUUAUUUUACAUAUUGCUUUACUUGUUGUUACAUUUCUCGUUAAGGUUACAUUUUGCGCCAUAAACUUCGUUUCUUCCCACCCCCCCCCCCCCCCCCCCCCCCCCCCCUCCCCGCCGACUAUAACGACCAGUCCAACAUUGUUUUUUACUUCGGCGGAGCGCGAAGUAAAGGUUUCGCGACGCUCAGGAAUGUAUCAAAGUUACAAUUUUUUGACAAGAUUGGGCAUGCAAAGUCUGUAGGUUUUCGGUUUUAUUCGGCUAUUUGACGAAGUGAGAGCCGAAUUAAUUCGAGAUAUCUCGAGAUCACUUCGAUUUCUUUGAUUCAUUCUUUAACUUUUUCGAGGAAGAAAGAAUUAUUAUUUUGGCUUUCCCGGGGUUUGAACCGACUCACCUGUGUGACCCGUCAGAUCAGAGGAGACUCUAAGUUGAGGGAUUAGCCGAUUGCACUACUGCGACCCAAGGUAGUUUGGGAUAUGAAAAAUAGUUAUGAAAUGAUGCGCUAGUUUCGGGACAAGAUUGGGCGUGCAAGUUCGUGACUUUUCGGCUUGUUUCAACUAUUUCACGAAAUGAGACCGGACUACUUCGUGAUAUCUUGAGAUCACUUCGAGUUUAGUCUUUAAUUAUUCGAGGAAUAAAUAGAGGAUAUUUCGUGGCCGCGCAGAGACACGAAAUUUCUCUUCGAGUGUUGAAAAACAUUUCACGAGUGAGCCCUCCUUUCGAACUGUUUUAUGAUGAAUUUAAUUAACUAUGAUUUAAAGUUACAAAAUGCUGCAAAAAGACAUUUUUUCUUUUUUGAGUGUUACGUAGUAAAAUUGCUUUCAUGCGUUGCGUGACUUUCUCGAACGUUCUCUACGUUUUUGGAUUAGCCAUGAAUAAUUAAUUAGGACAUGUUUACAUUUCAGCAUGAGUCAGCAGAUUUGCAUCAGUUACUGAAAUCAUAAAAUACCGUAUGUCGAAAAGCUACUACUACUCGCCUGCUGUUUAGUAUUUUCUAGAACCUUAUGUCAAACGGUAUACAAGUUCCAAGCGAGUUCUUUUGAAGAACUAAGUUUUUUCCCACGAGCUGGACUUCUGUGUUUAGUCAAGUGUGACGAAGGUCGAUUUUCAGGUAUUGUGUUUACAAGUUCGCGGAAGUCGUAAGAUGUCUGAAGUUCAAGUAAGAGUUUGUUAUUAUUGGUAGAGGCUGUUUAGUUUUACUCAAAGUUCAAGUCAAGUUUGUGUUGGUGGAUGCUGUGUUUUAAAGCUCUGUAAAGGCUAUGUUCCUUUGGUGUUAAACUUCCUUGUGUUAAUCCGACAUCCCUGCGUGCUGAUAGUCAGUGAAUAACUAUCCUCAAAACAGUCGAACUCGUGACUUUGAGUUUUAGCCAAUUCCAUGCUCAACGUAAUUGACUCCUUACCCAUGCCUUACAUAUCUUUAAUCAGUACAUGAGACUGCUAUGCUGUUUUUCAAGCCUGAUGUGACUAAGAAAAAUAGAGAAUUGUUUUUUUAGAAGGAUUUGUAUGGAGUCAUCAGAGCAUAACUGGGCUAACAUCUCGGAGACAAUUUGUCCCGAAAUGCUAGUUUUUGGCAAGUAGGCCUCUUGGAUGUUGCUCUUUUCAGAAUAUCCUGACAAAUCCCAUAAUUUCACAAAUUAACACCUUACUCUUACCGUAUUUGAUUUCUUACUAUUCCUCCGCAUUUACAAUUAAUUAGUUCCACAACCACGACGUCGAAGUGUACGCUCCGUAGCGUCUUGUUUGUGUUUACUUUAGGUCUGGGCUAAACGUCGAACUUUUCAUGUGACGAACCAAACUUAGAGACUAGAGUUAAGUUGUCUUGAACAGUUCGAUGUCUGGCUCAGUUAAGUUCGUUUGAAUGAGUUUGGAUCGCCCAACACGUUCUAUCCGUCUGCUUUAAAUUUGUAUAGUCCCUAAAUAUCUUAAAAAUUUCUGCGUAAUUUAAUUUCGGACUGUAUCUUGUCGAAACGUUUUGAUAUCAAAUCGACUGAUGUAUCCGGUGAGUUUACAAACAAGCAGUAUUAAGUGACAACUGGGGCGAAAAGGAAUUUUGAAUUUCAUCCUCUUCAUCAGUAUCUCGUUUAUGCUCAUUUGCCGCUCAGUUUCAAGAGAGAAAUGCAGUGCAUUGAAAAUUAUCUGUAAAGUCAAAAUUUGUAAUUUUUCUUUUUUAGGUGACACUUAAUCAUUUCGCCCAUUUUACUUGCGUGAUUUUGAUUGCCUUGUUUUGUUUUUGAUCAUAAAUUAUCUUUUUCAGAAAAAAUGCAAGAUCUACGGGAAGCAAACUCCCCAGGGAGAACCUCAGAAUUAGAAAGACAGUUGAGGGAUUUUCAGCAACGUGAAGAAAACUUCCAGAGACAGUUACGGGAGAUGCAGGAACGCGAACAGAAUUUACAACGGCAGCUCAGAGUUGUUCAAGAACGGGAUCAGUACUCUCAAAGCCAGCUAACGGAGUUUCGUCAACGUGAACAAAAUUCUCAGAGGCAGCUGAGGGAGUUGCAGCGGCAACUGAGCGAGAUAGGACAACAGUUGACCAAUUCCCGAGGACAAGUUUCUGAACUACAGUUAAGUCUUUCAACAGCUCAGCAAACAAUAAAUCAAUUGCGUAACCAGGGAGCACGUGACUGGGUUAUUCCCCGCGACGAAAUUCAAAUCACAGAAAAAUGCCUUGGGAGGGGAGGAUGGGGAAGUGUGAAUGAGGGAAUGUAUUGUGGCUGUACUGUAGCAGUGAAAGAAAUACAUGAGUUGAUUCUUUCCCCUCAUAACACACGUCUUUUUGAGAGAGAAAUGAAUAUUGCAUCCAAGUGUCGCCAUCCUCACUUACUACAGUUUAUCGGCGCCACAGUUGACGAGGGAAGUCCUCUGUUUGUGACCGAGUUGAUGGAUAAAAGUUUGCGGACUCUGUUAGAACAGCGGCAACUGUCCGAAACAGAAAUACGCACCAUUUCUUUGGAUGUAGCCUGCGCACUGAACUAUCUUCACCAGAAGAAACCAGAACCCAUCAUUCACCGGGAUGUCAGCAGUGCUAAUGUGUUGCUAUGGCGACAGGGUGACCAAUGGAGGGCCAAAAUGUCAGAUUAUGGCACUGCUAAUUUUAUACAGCAGACCAUGACAGUAGUUCCUGGAGCUAUGAUUUAUAGCGCACCUGAAGCACUUACAUCAAACCAAACAGUCAAGGUUAGUUUAAGGGAACAUUCAAGACUUUUUACUUACUAAAACUGUACAGCAAGGCUAACAGUGGCAGAAGUGAAAGUGACCCUUGUACUUUCCCUCAAACUCGCCCUCUUGUCCACUCCACAAACACUUCAACAUUCUUGAAUUAAAAAUGACCAUAUCUUUGUCAGGAGUCUUUGCACCUUGUUCAGCACUUUUUCCACUCUUAUGUUUUUCUCCAUGGAUUUGGUCCACGUAACUGGAUUUGUUAAAUUAUCCCUUCUUUUCUCUAAAGACAACAGUUAGACAAAAGACAAGACAAAAGUUAGUAUUUUUAGAAACAAAACAUUUAAGCCAAGAACUUACCAUGAGGCCUUUUAAGGAUCUUCUGAUUUCUAGGCUUUUCUUAUUCAUUUAUCAAUCUUGAUAAACAUAUAUUUCGUUUGCGUUCUCGAGAUUCUCCCUCUGGUGUUACUUCAACUCUUUUCGUAAUCAGUAUACCACUAAUAAGUAAUCUAAAUAAAGAAUAUUCUGGCAUAAAGUCAUGUAUUAUGAUUGUUUUUCUUAGGUUGAUGUCUACAGCUUUGGUGCUCUUCUCUGUGAAAUGUGCAUCCGGGAACUGCCAGAUCCUACAAGGCGAGAAGAACAAGUCGUGCUUGUAACGAACUCUGUGUUUCGCGGCCUGGUACGGCGAUGCCUGCAGAGAGAGCCUGGGACGAGACAAACCAUGCAGGGAAUAAUCGAUGAACUGAAAGAUGCCAGUGUAUCAUCUUAA